AUGGGUUCCAACGUUGGUCUUGACCUCUGUGGUCUUACUCCCGCCCCCGUCACCCCCUUCAACAAGGACGGCAGUGUAGAUUACGAUGCCAUUCACCGCCUUGGCUCCUGGCUUGGCAGCAUUUCCGGCGUCAAGGGCUUGGUUGUUCUGGGCCACGCUGGCGAGGGCACCUUCUUAACGCAAGAAGAGCAACUCGCCGUCAUCAAGGCUUUUGUUAAAUCUGUCGACAACCGUAUCCCUAUUAUCGCCGGUAUCACAGGCGAAGGAACCGAAGUCGCCGCUCUUGAAGCUAAGCGCGCCCGGGAAGCCGGUGCCGCGGCCGGCCUGCUGUAUCCUUCGCACGGCUGGCUCCGAUUCGGCUACCAGCCGGGUGCCCCGCAAGACCGGUACAAGAGAGUCUAUGAGGUCAGCAAGCUGCCUCUCAUCCUUUUCCAGUACCCGGACGUCACCAAGGCGACAUACAACCUGCAAACUCUUCUCGACAUCUCGGCGCAGCCGGGCGUGUUCGCCAUGAAGAACGGUGUUCGCAACAUGAGGCGGUGGGACACCGAGAUCCCAGUCAUCCGCAAGGAGCGGCCUGAUCUCCAAAUCUUGACCUGCCACGACGAGUACCUUUUGCACACCGUCUUUGAUGUCGAUGGCAUGCUCGUGGGGUACGGCAACAUCGCCCCCGAGGCGCUGAUUGAGAUGAUCAAGGCAGGCAAGGCGAAGGACUACCCCAAAGCGAGGGCGAUCCACGACAAGUUGCUGCCGGUAACCAAGGCUGUUUACCAUAGGGGAUCCCACAUGGAGGGCACCGUAGCCUUGAAGCACGCGCUGGUUGCAAGAGGUAUUUUGGAACAUGCGACAGUCAGAUCUCCCUUGCUUCCUUUGGAGGAUGGAGCAGAGAACGAAAUUCACGCAGCCGUGUCUUCUUCUUCUCUUUCACGUGUGAAAUAA